GGACGUCACCGGCAACUUUGACGUCCACCGCUCUGCAUCAUUCCCCACCGAUUGGAUGGCGUUCACAGGGCGGGCCGGUCUGAAUGGCUUCACUGGCUCUAUCCCCUCCACCAUCUCCGCCCUCACCGCCCUCACUGACCUGGAGCUCUAUUUCAACAACCUCACAGGAAGCAUCCCUGCCGGCAUCUCCAAGCUCGCUGAACUGAGAUCUCUGGGGCUCUCCUACAACAAUCUCACCGGCGCCGUUCCUGCCAUUCGCGGAUUCCUCCAGACCUUAGACCUCUCCCACAAUCACCUCACCACCAUGCCUACUGCCAUCUCUGCGGAAACUAUCAAGCUGAGCCACAACGACCUCAAGGGAUCUGCGCCCGUCAAUGGAAACGUGUAUAGCAUAGACCUCAGCUACAAUCCUCUUAGUGGAGGCUUGGAUGUGCUCCUUAAAACGUCCUCAACUGGUCAAUUACG